AUGGCUAACCACGGUACUAUCAAACAGGUGGUCGAUGCGGUAAAGGAUCUCGUACAUGACUGCAACUUCGACUGCAAUGACUCUGGCAUUGCCCUCCAGGCCAUGGACAACUCCCAUGUUGCGCUUGUCUCCAUGAUGUUGAAAGCAGAGGGCUUCUCCCCCUUCAGAUGUGACCGCAACGUCGCCCUGGGAAUCAACCUAGUCUCCCUCACCAAGGUCCUACGGGCUGCUCAGGAUGGAGACGUGCUUACCCUCAAGGCCGACGACACGCCAGACGUAGUCAACCUGCUGUUCGAGAGCGUUGAGAAGGACCGUGUAAGCGAAUAUGAUAUCAAGCUCAUGGACAUUGACCAGGAGCAUCUUGCUAUCCCGGAGACGGACUACUCUGCCACGGUUGAGAUGCCAUCUGCUGAGUUUAGACGGAUUUGCGGAGACUUGAACCAGCUUUCUGAGUCUGUGUUGAUCGAGGCAACCAAGGAUGGUGUCCGAUUCUCUUGCCAGGGUGAAAUUGGCAAUGGUGCUGUUACCAUUCGUCAAAACACCAACGUUGACAAGCCAGAGCAGAACGUCUCCAUCACCCUGACUGAGCCCGUUGCCCUUACAUUCUCUAUCAAAUACCUCCUAAACUUCUGCAAGGCCACCAGUCUUUCGUCUAAGGUGCGACUGUCCCUUUCUGCUGAGGUUCCUCUGCUAGUCGAAUAUACCCUCGAGGGAUCUGGUUAUGUACGGUUCUAUCUCGCUCCAAAGGUAAGUUCUUCACUUUCUAAGCCAGUCUUACAUGAAAGUUCAACAGUGCUGACUCCAUGGCAGAUUGGCGAGGACGAAUAA